CAUGGGCAGAGAGAUGUAGAAAGAUCCAGUUUCACUCGGGGAUAGGAUUUCUGAAUCCCAAGUAUCUGCUGACCAGGAUCCUCCUGCCAGUCUUCCUGUGGACCUUGAGACCAGCAUAUCCCUUCUUCUAUGGCCAGCAGAGCUGCGGAGGCUCACUAGGUCGGAGACCACUCCUGCUGCUUCCAGUGGGUAACAAAGACUGAGGGUCUUCAUGCUGCUUUUCUGACUCCCUAGAAUGGAUGUGUGUAGCUGGAAAGAAAUGGAGGUUGCUCUGGUCAAUUUUGAUAACUCAGAUGAAAUCCAUGAAGAGCCAGGCUAUGCCACAGACUUUGACCCAACCAGCUCAAAAGGCCGGCCUGGUAGCAGUCCUUUUUCCAACUGGAGAGUCCUUAUCAGUGACAAUACCAGCCAUGAAACUGCCUUCUCCAAGAUCCCAGGAGAGUAUGUGGAUCCCCCGGGGCCUGAACCAGGGGUCUUGAAUGAGGGAAACCAAAGGGUGAUCAUCAACAUUGCUGGGCUGAGGUUUGAGACUCAGCUCAGAACUCUCAAUCAAUUCCCAGAGACACUCCUGGGAGACCGGGAGAAAAGGAUGCAAUUUUUUGACUCCAUGAGAAAUGAGUAUUUCUUUGAUAGAAACAGACCUAGUUUUGAUGGAAUCUUAUAUUAUUACCAGUCUGGUGGGAAAAUACGGCGGCCAGCCAAUGUACCUAUUGAUGUUUUCGCUGAUGAGAUCUCCUUCUAUGAACUGGGUAGCGAGGCCAUGGAUCAGUUCCGGGAGGAUGAAGGCUUCAUCAAGGACCCUGAAACACUGCUGCCCACCAAUGACUUUCACCGGCAAUUCUGGCUUCUCUUUGAGUACCCUGAGAGCUCCAGUGCAGCUCGAGGUGUGGCUGUGGUCUCGGUUUUGGUUGUAGUCAUCUCCAUCACCAUCUUCUGCCUGGAGACACUCCCAGAGUUCCGAGAGGAUAGGGAGCUGAAGGUGGUCAGAGACCCCAGCAUCAAUACAAACAAGACAGGCCUCUCUCAGACCAUGUUCACCGAUCCUUUCUUCAUGGUGGAGUCCACCUGCAUUGUGUGGUUCACCUUUGAGCUGGUGCUCCGGUUUGUGGUCUGCCCCAGCAAGACUGACUUCUUCAAGAACAUCAUGAACAUCAUUGACAUCAUCUCCAUCAUCCCCUACUUUGCAACUCUCAUAACAGAGCUAGUACAGGAGACCGAGCCAAGUGCCCAGCAGAACAUGUCCCUGGCCAUCCUGAGGAUCAUCCGUCUGGUGAGGGUCUUCCGCAUCUUCAAGCUCUCCCGCCAUUCUAAGGGGCUGCAGAUCCUGGGGCAGACGCUGAAGGCUUCCAUGCGGGAGCUGGGGCUGCUCAUCUUCUUCCUCUUCAUUGGGGUCAUCCUUUUCUCCAGUGCCGUCUACUUUGCUGAAGUGGAUGAGCCAGAGUCCCAUUUCUCUAGCAUUCCUGAUGGCUUCUGGUGGGCUGUGGUCACCAUGACAACUGUAGGCUACGGUGACAUGUGCCCAACCACCCCAGGAGGGAAGAUUGUGGGCACUCUGUGCGCCAUUGCUGGUGUCCUCACCAUUGCCCUCCCUGUACCUGUCAUUGUCUCCAAUUUCAACUACUUCUACCACCGUGAGACUGAGAAUGAGGAGAAGCCAAACAUCCCAGGAGAACUUGACAAAAUCCUCAACAACAUGGGCUCCAGAAUGGGGAGCACUGACUCCCUUAACAAGACCAAUGGCAGCUGUUCCGCAGAGAAGUCCAAGAAGUGACAAACACAAGGCUUCUAGAGUCUUUCAACUGAUCUCUCUCCCCCACUCCUCUCACUGUUUUUCUAAGAUGAAAAUUAUGUUAUGUAUUCAAAAGUAUUCAAAAGGCCAUCUUUGACUGUGAGCUGUCUUAAUAAAUCCGUAUUUCUGCUCUAU